AAGACAGAAGGAUCAUGGAAGAAACGCAAAUUAAAACGUCGGAAACGGAAGAUUUUUUAAUUUUCAAGUGGUUUGGUGUAUCUCCUAGUCGGGCCAACUCCAAAGAAGGUAACGUAAGUCGGAAUCGAUUACCAGUUACCACCAUCUUCAAAACCCUCCAAUCUAUAAAGUUCCAAGAACUUCAAAGCCUGUUUGGUGUGGAAGCCAAUAGAAAGGAACUGUUCGCAGAUCCAUCUCUUUCUACCCUCACUUCAAAAUCAUCAUCUUUCUUCGAUAUUUGCCUAUAAACCGCCGAACCAUUGGGCAGAUAAUCUGAAGUUAUAGCUUUUUUUUUUCUCUCCCUUUCCUUCUGGCUCCGUUAUCUUCCCAUUUUCCAUGUCUGGGGUGUAUUUCUAUUUGGGUCUUGUUGUUCUGAGCCUACUUUCUAUCAGCUGCGUGGUGACUUCAGAUUCUUCACUGGGGUCACGUCGUUCGAUCCUUAGAGCAGUCAAAAACAAUGUUAAUAAUGGAGAUCUUCGAGAUUAUGCCGCUGACUUGAAUGCGACGAAUUUUGAUGCUGUUCUGAAGGAUACUCCUGCUACUUUUGCUAUUGUUGAAUUCUUUGCCCAUUGGUGUCCUGCUUGCAGGAAUUAUAAGCCGCACUAUGAAAAGGUUGCACGGCUUUUUAAUGGACCUAAUGCUGCACAUCCAGGGAUCAUAUUAAUGACAAGGGUAGAUUGUGCAGUGAAGAUAAAUACAAAUCUCUGUGAUAAGUUUUCUGUUAGUCAUUAUCCUAUGCUCUUUUGGGGCCCUCCUUCUAAAUUUGUUGGUGGUAGUUGGGAACCUAAUCAAAAGAAAAGUGAUAUACAUGCAAUCGAUAAUGGACGCACAGCUGAUCGAUUGCUAAAUUGGAUCAACAAGCAAAUGGGCAGUUCAUUUGAACUUGAUGAUCAGAAGUUUGAAAAUGAGCAUCUUUCCUCCAAUGUGUCAGACCCUGGACAGAUUGCCAGAGCUAUUUAUGAUGUUGAAGAGGCAACUUCUAAGGCCUUUGACAUCAUCUUAGAGCGUAAGAUGAUAAAGCAAGAAACUCGUGCUUCACUUGUAAAGUUUCUUCAGUUUUUGGUGGCUCACCAUCCUUCAAAAAAAUGCCGGAGGGGUACUGCAGAAUUACUUGUGAAUUUUGAUGAAUUGUACCCUACAGAUUUGCGGCCAGCUGAUAAGCAGCAAGAUGAUAUGGUUACAUUGAUGAGCUCUCAAGUUUGUGGAAAAGGGGUGCCUCGUGGGUAUUGGAUGUUCUGCCGUGGCAGUAAGAACGAAACCAGGGGUUUUAGCUGUGGUUUAUGGGUUCUGCUGCAUUCACUUUCAGUGAGAAUUGAUGAUGGAGAGAGUGAGUUUGCAUUUAACACUACAUGUGAAUUUAUCCACAACUUCUUCAUCUGUGAGGAAUGUCGACAGCACUUUUAUAAGAUGUGUUUGAGUGUCUCAAGUCCUUUCAAUAAAGCCAAAGAUUUCGCACUCUGGUUGUGGAAUGCUCAUAACAAGGCCAACGAGAGGCUGAGGAAAGAAGAAGCAGCUCUAGGUACCGGCGACCCCAAAUUCCCUAAGCAGAUAUGGCCUCCAAAGCAGCUUUGUUCUUCCUGUUAUUCUGUCCAUGACCAGAAGGACAACCAAAUCGCGUGGAACAAGGAUGAGGUUUACAAGUUUUUAACUAGUUAUUACGGCAACAUGCUCACUUCUCUAUACAAGGACAAGAACUUUGGUGGAAAUGAAGGGAUUGAGGUGGCUGUUGAAGAAUUAAUAGCAUCAACUAAUGCAGUGGUUGUGCCUAUAGGAGCUGCAAUGGCAAUUGCUGUUGCUAGCUGUGGUUUUGGAGCACUUGCUUGCUACUGGCGUUCACUGCAGAAAAGCCGCAAGUAUUUCCUCCGCCUAUUCUCUUUAAAGAACAUUUGAUAAUUAGAAGAGUAAUCAAAAUCUUAACUAACAACUGGGUGGCCUGAGAAAUUACAGAGGAUGAGGGGGUAAUAGAUAGUUAUAGGACCUGGACCAGCCAGAUCUAUUCACUGAGUGAACCAGCCAUAUAAGCAAUUCAUUUCCAACAAAUAGACAGCUUUUGCAGUUUAAUCUUGUGGUUGAACAUACGUACAUGCAUGCAUAUUUAUUUAUUUCAAUGGCUCUAUAUCUACUUUCUAAUCUGUCAUAUUGACAUGUAGUGUAGUGCUUUUGUCUCCCUUUCAAAUAUAUUUAUUUUAAAAUAAUACUAAUUUAAAACUAUUUGGUUAAUUACCAAAUGAUUGAACUAAUGACCUAAAAAGUUAGUUGACAGAGGAGUAUAAUUUGGAAUGAAAGAGAAUUAGAGAGAAAGAGGAGAGAAGAACAGAGGAGGAGAGAGUUCAGAGGAUUGAGAGAGAGGAGAGAGACAAAGGAUUUACUGAAUAGUGUGAAACAUACUAGAAGAGCAUGGCAUGAUUUACAUAGGUAUUUUUCUUAUGUAUAGACUCUAAUCCCCGCCUACCCCCCUAACGGGUGUAUUAACUAAUAUCAAUGGCUAU